AUGGGCCAGGCUCAAUUCUGUUCUGCAAACUCAACUCUCGAAUCCUCGACGCGUGGAGGGAUGAUAAGAACAUUUGCAACUCGCCUUCAAGCCAAUUCGAAAUUAGUACGACAUCGAACUCUACACGGCUCUAGUCACCCCCUUGUUGGAAGUUCCUCCCGAAGAUCGCACACGAAUUCUAACGCUGUCGAUGACUGGUAUAUUCCAAUUCAACUUAAAACACCAGCUCUACAAGCAAGCCCCACGGGUAAUCCGCUCACAGACGAGGCAAUGGUUCGUCUUCAUCGGCUAUCUGCUUUAGAACCACCAGACCAAGGCUCGCCCGAGUUUGAACACCUCAAGAAUCGUUUACAAUCGAUGCUGGCCGUGGUGGAUUCAGUGAAAGAUUUUGAGCCAGCCGAAGACCUGAGAGUGCAAACCAAUCAGUGCGAGAUUCCCGAUGGGCGGAUUUGGCCGGCCGAUGAAUCACUACCUAUCGACUGGGAAGCCCUCGUUCAAAAACAAGAAGGCUUCCUCAGAUCUAGGAAGCAGAAAAUCCCAGGUUCACGCAAUCCAAACCAUUUGACAGCUCACCCUAGCGAAAUCAGUCCUUCCAAGCCAAUAGCGAACGACGAAUAUCUCACCUUGGAUAUGGCUAUUGAUGGGGUUCAUACAGUCCGUCGACGAGGACUCGGCCAACAACCCCAGAAUGAGAACGUCUUCUAUGUGGCCAAACAACCUGGUUCAGCACGAAAGUAG